UUUGACGUCGUAACACUGUGAUAAGACUCGAUGUGAUGGGAAUUUUUCAAAGUACACCAGUUAUCACAAUACAAUCGAACUCGGACACUAAACCAGUGUAAAGUGCUAGUUCGAUCACUACCUACUUAUUAUUCUACAGUCAACUUCACAAUGAAAAGUUUAACAACUCUGGUUCGUAAAGCUUCAAUAAGGCCUAACAAAUAUACCAUAAGUGAAAACUUUCAAAGAGUAUUUUCAUCUUCAAAUGCUGAAAAUAGUGCAAAAAAAACAAACAAUAUGAAUAUGUUCCAGGCUAUCGGCAGUGCUUUGGAUCAAACCCUCAAAUCAAACCCUAAUUCAGUGGUAUUUGGGGAAGAUGUUGCAUUUGGAGGUGUAUUCCGUUGUUCAAUGGGGCUGCAAGAGAAAUAUGGCAGACAAAGAGUGUUCAAUACACCUCUUUGUGAGCAAGGAAUUGCAGGUUUCGGGAUAGGCUUGGCAGUAACUGGAACAACAGCCAUAGCUGAAAUCCAAUUCGCAGACUACAUGUUCCCUGCAUUUGACCAGAUAAUGAAUGAGGCAGCGAAAUACAGAUACAGGAGCGGCAACGAAUUUAAUUGCGGCAAGUUGACAAUCAGAGCUCCGUGUGGUGCGGUGGGGCACGGCGCUCUUUAUCACUCGCAGAGUCCAGAGGCAUACUUCUCUCACACACCUGGCCUUAAAGUAAGGUCAAUUACACAUUAUAAAGAGUGUUCCUCAAAGAACUACAGUACUAUACAGUUUUAAAGCUGCUUUUAGUACUCAACGACGGAAUAAGCUAAAAUUGUCUUUAGGAAAAAUGCUAAUAUCCUUUGGUUUUUAUGUAAUUCGAUAUUUUCCAUACAAUGUGAGUGGAUCUACAUUUCCAACUUGAACCUUGAAGUGGCAGACUUCAUGUUAAGUCUUCAAUAUAUCUUUUGAACCAAUAAGAUAGGCCUUUAAUUUAUGAACUAUAACUAUAAUGAAAGAUUGGUAAACAUCAUAUAGGCCUAUAUGAAAUCAUACACAAAUGAUUAAACUAUAACUAUAAUGAAACAUUGGUAAACAUCAUAUAGGCCUACAGAAAUCAUAUAGGCCUAUA